CUGCGUGGGGCAUUGUAGUGCUAACGUUUAGCCGUCCUUAAGUUUUUCAGUUUUAUGUUUAAAAAAAAAAAAAGCGCCACCCAUUCGUUUUGUUUCAGCUCGUAUCUCAGUUUUAAUGUAGCAUGCCUUCUUGAUAUCGGGUCUAGAAUUCACUGGUUUCUCAGCAGCAUUUUUGCAGCUCGUUGUGGUAAGGCGCCACAAAGUCGUCCAGCAGGCAGAAGAAGAACCGUGGACCUGUCCACAGAACAAUGUUUGGCAGCGUUUCUGUAAAUAUAAACUAGCGUUCAGCUUGAGUAGAUUUGGAACUUGUUUAUCCUGUUUUUCAAAAUUAAAAGGAAAAUGUCUGACAGACAGCAUUGCUCGUGCUGCUCUCAUCCCGUCUCCUCCACUGGUGUUUACCAGACGCUGAAUGAAAUGGAUUUUGAACGAGGUUUGCAUUCAGAUAUCAGGUAUCUGGUCUGCUGCAAUGGAUGGAGACUUGGAGAGGGUCAAGUCCUUAGUGCAGAAGGGGACAGACCCUAAUUUGAGAGACUCAGCUGGAUACACAGCUCUGCACUACGGAAGUCGCAGUGGUCAUCUUGUUGUCUGCAAGUUUCUUCUCGAGAACGGUGCCUGCGCGUCUCCGCAGACACCAGGCGGUGCCACGCCGCUCCAUCGAUCAGCUUACUGCGGUCACCUGAAUGUGGUGAGAGUCCUCCUGCAACACAGAGCAGAUCCAACACUCUGUGACGAUGACGGCGCAUCCCCUUUACAUAAGGCUGCAGAACGGGGUCAUGGAGAGGUCUGUCAGCUGCUUGUUGAGCAGUGCCCAGCACUCCGCAGCCAGAUGAACAAGAGGCUCCAGCUACCCUACCAGCUGGCACAGCAGGGAGACCUGCAGGAGCUCUUAAAACCACCCUGUUGAUGGCAGAUGCACUGCAUCUGGGCCAUGCUGUGCUGCUAAAACCACACAAAUGAUUUCUCACAUUUUCCUUAGCAAGCAUCAGGACUCAUGUUGGGAAGAGGGGCUGUGGUAUAAAGUUGAGAACCCAGAGCUGGUGAGGAAACGGAUGCUGCUAAUGGGAAGUGGCAAGAAUCAAGCGAAUACGCCUACCUUAUCAGCUGAAGUGCUGUUGGUGGCUGAAUGUUCAGAUCACUGAUGGUGCAUUAUAAGCUUUAAAGUGCAUUUGUGGAAUUAAAUUUACAUACUGACUUCUACGUUUGGUACAAGAAGAGAGCAGGCACCCAAUUGAGUGACAGAAAGACGAGGACAACAAGCCAGUUCAGAGGGCUUCUAAGAAUUUCUCUUUAAAGUUAGAAUGAAAGAGCGGAAACUUGUGUUAUCAGAAUAAAUUUCAACAACAGUGAUGGCAUAGAACCUCUGCAGGCAGUGCAGCAUUUUAAAAGCUCACAAAGGAUCUUACGAAGCCCACGUGAAUGUUGCAGAAUGGUCACCUAUUGGAGUCACCACAUCAGGAUUUGAACUCACUGCAAUUUUAUUAGUUGUUUCCGCUGAGCAUAUGGUGUGUGUUUGUAUUAAAACCGGAUGCCAACAUCUUGCCUGUUUUCUGUUGCAUUUAUCUAAAAUGAGCUUUGCUGAACUUAAGAACUCUGACAGUAGAGGGAGCUGCGGUCUUAAAAGAAUCGGGCACUUUUGCUGGGCCGCCAUCUGAAUUAGAUGGCAACAAACACAAAGUGACCUCAUUCGAUCCUCCCAGCACACUGCUGGAAAACUAAACACCAUAACUGUGAGAAAGACAAAUCUGUUACAGCUGAUGGUAGGGCAUCUCACAAGUGUCCAGCCAGUUUAUAUUUAUGCAGCCAUACUGAUUAUAUAUUAGUGAACCAAUUGCAACAGGUUCUAAUUUUUUCUUUCUUUUUUGGUGAUUGUAUUUAUUUAUUUUUUUUAAACAUUGGCAUUCUUAGAAAUGAUAAAUGUACUGCUAUUUAUAUCGCACUUUUCUCCUCUGAGUACUCAGUGUUGUUUACAACAAGCUGCGUUCAUACAGCACUUUAUUCUAUGUCUUAAAGUGCUUUCUAACUAUUAUUCACACACUGGAUGCAUCAGGAGCAAUUUAGGUUCAGUAUCUUGCCAAGGACAAUUCCACACAUGGGCUGGAGGUGCUGGGGCUUGAACCACAGUCUCUUCCGACUGACCCACUUGACCUCCUUAGCCAAAGUGGGAUGUUAGCUGCUUCUACUUUACUAGACUGUAUUUGACCACCAAGUAUGUGGAACCUACUGCUUCUGGUGCAAAGCAUUAACACUUUUCUGCACUGAGAUGUUGUUAGUUGAUAGUUUUGGGAUUUCAGAAAUAAAUUAAACCAGAUGAGUGUCUCAUAUUCUUAAAGGGCU